UUCCCAGUUUUGUCUGUGCGGACCACGUUCCUUCAAACUGCCCGAACAGUUGUUUCCUCCUAGGCGUGCUUCGCUCUGCAUCAACCAAGCCCUUGGGAAGUUCAUGUCGGCAGUUUUUACUGCAUUGAAAUCUGCUUUCCCUGAACUUUGCCUCCAUUGACAUUGUAUGCUAUGGAACCAGGUUUCGAUUCGACAAUAGGAUAAAGGAGAAAGCAGAGUGAAGAAAGAACUGGGAAAUGGAGGCCAAGAAAGUGGUGGUGGUGGGUGGAGGAAUAGGCGGUGCCCUCAUUGCAAAAUCUCUCCAAUUCCAUGCCGAUGUCACUCUUAUUGAUUCGAAGGAAUAUUUUGAGAUAACAUGGGCAAGCUUGAGGGGAAUGGUGGAGCCAUCAUUUGCAGAAAGAUCAUUGAUCCCCCACCGGUCUUACCUCACUAACGGCCAUGUAGUUUCGUCAACUGCCAUCAACAUCACUGAUACUGAAGUCUUGACAGCAGAUGGAAGUGUAAUUGCCUAUGAUUAUCUCGUCAUCGCCACCGGCCACGCAGAUGAUGUUCCACAAACUAGACGUGAGAGACUUAAGCAAUACCAAGCAGAUAAUGAGAAAAUAAAAGGGGCUGAUUCAAUCUUAAUCAUCGGAGGCGGCCCCACCGGCGUCGAACUGGCUGGAGAAAUCGCAAUCGACUACCCAGAAAAGAAUGUUACUUUGGUGCAUAGUGGGUAUAGGCUGCUGGAAUUCAUUGGGCCAAAAGCUUCUAAUAAGGCUCUGGAAUGGUUGAAAUCAAAGCGUGUGAAAGUGAAGUUGGAGCAGACUGUUAAUUUGGACUCCUUUUCAGAAGGUGCUUAUGUAACUUCUUCCGGAGCAGUCAUCAAAGCGGAUUGCCAUUUCUUGUGCACAGGGAAGCCACUUGGUUCAGACUGGCUUAAGAAUACAGUAUUGAAGGGUAGUGUAAAUGAGUUUGGAAGUUUGAAAGUUGACGUGAAUUUGAGAGUUGAGGGUCGCAAAAAUGUCUUUGCUAUUGGAGACAUCACUGACAUAAAGGAAAUCAAGCAAGGGUAUUUGGCACAACAACAUGCUCUGGUGGCCGCAAAGAACUUGAAGCUUUUGAUUACCGGAGGAAAUGAAAGCAAGAUGGCAACUUACAAGCCUAGUGGUGUGAUGGCUAUUGUAUCACUUGGGAGGAGAGAGGCCGUGGCUCAAUUUCCAUUCACAACACUUAUUGGAAUUGCACCUGGCUUCAUCAAAUCCAGGGACUUAUUUGUGGGAAAAACUAGGAAACAGAUGGGUCUUGAACCCCCGAGUUGUGGAUGCUAAAUUAUGCUGGUGAAAAUGUUCUUUAUGUUCUUGAUUAUGUUUAGUUUUUGUAGUUCUGGUCUGUUUGAAUUAGGUAUAAAUAUGAUGGUAUGUGAUAUGUAAUCUCUGCGGGUUCAAAGAGUAAGAGAGAUACAGAAAGAGUGACAAAGAGCAGUUUGUGACUUAAUUUGUGUGUGAGUGAGUUUUUGAAAUUUGUAUAUUGUUGUUGAUUGAGUAAAAUUGUGAGCAGUGUGUGUAA